AUGAUUUUAAUUGAAUUAUAUGAGAUAAUUGUUGAAAUAUUUGAAUCAAUUUGUAUUAAAAAUAAUAUUAAAGAAUUUGAUAAUUUUAUUGAAGAAAAGAUGUCAGAAUUUUCACCAGAAAAUAUUGAAAAAAUGCAAGAUUUUAUUAUUAAACAAGAUAAUUCCAAUAUUGAUAUUGAAAAAUUUAAAAAAAGUUGGGAUUUAAUCUUGUAUUUUUACAGAAAUGCUUAUGUUAUUAUUUGUUUUUUAUCAAAUCUGUGA